UUUCAUAGGCACAUCAAACGCCGCCGCUUUAAGGUCUCCUUUCAUGGUCAAUCCACCCCCAAGAUACCACAGGUCUGGAAUGGUGUAAUUAGUGACAACCAUCGGCGAGAAAGAGACAUUUUCUGGGGAAUCUAAUUGAUGGCAGAGGAAGGAGGAGAAGUAGAAUCGAGGACUGGGAAGGUGGAGAAGGUGAUGGAAGGAGUGGCAUCAAUAGCACUGUUGCCAUGUGGCUCCAUCUCUGGCCACUUCAUCCAGCUUCCCUAUUCCAUUUGCUAUGGCCUUCAUGGCACUGAGUUGGAAUGUGAAAGAGAGUGCAGUAGGGGUGAGGAUUACCGCUUGAUCAAGCUCACAAUUACAGACUUCAAUAGAAAGAAAGAACAAGCUCUUGUUGUGGAGUGUAGAGGCCAUGAUGCUGCCCGCUUCCACAGCAUUGAGCACGCUCAUGGGUGGGAGAAUGAUGUUGUGGGUAUGGUUGAGCAAAGGGAUGGGAACAACAAAAUUUUGGUUUCUUUUGCAUGUGAGACACUGAAAGCUGAGAAAGCAGCAGAAGAUCAUAUCAGGCAAUUUAUGCCUAAAUUAGCCGGGCUAAAUGCUGUUGUUAACAUCGGCCAGAUGAGCAUUACCGGUUUGGACUUUGAAGCGGAAGAAUCAGAGCUUAGGCUGGAUCAGGAUGUAUGAUCCUAUGAAUAUACUUUUUUAUCCUUGUUUAUACUCAUUGUGAUCUUUGUUCGUAUUACUUGUUUUUCAGUU